CCUGAGGAGGAUAAAAGCGCGAUUAUCACACGACUCUAUGCAAAUGAGGGAGGAUUGUUAUGCAAAACGCGGCACUCCCGAACAGCUCGAGCAUCCUCGUAUCUCUCAGCUGGACGCUUUGUUUUAGAAUCGUCCACAUUUGCAUCUUACUUCUAAUGCAUCAUCGCCUCCUAAAAUACGUGCACAGAUACACCUGUGCUACUGAUGACUGCUUCUGUGCUGCAGGAUUAUAUAUAUUGUCACAGAAAUACUGGGACAAAAGUAUUCAUUUAAGUGUUAAUUGGUAAACGAUAGCCUAUGGCCAAAAUUUAUAUCACAAUAUAUAUUUCUUAAUUUCGGUCAAUACGAUAUCAUUCUGAUCCAAUUUUUAAAAGACAGCCUCAAAAUCAUUAUUUUAAUGCAAAUUUUUAAAAGUAACUUUCCCAAACACUGCCUACAUGAACAAGGUAAUCAUUCAAGAUAAAUAUCGAAGUACACACAGUCACAAAUGAGGCUUUAUCUCCCUCUGGUGGCGAGGAGAAGCACUGCAUCUUCUGACGGCGCUCCUUUAUUAUUAUUAUUGUGUUGAACAGGAACACACUUGUAAACUCAUUGACAAAAUACAAACGCAGUGCACUUGUGUUUCUAAUUCAGGACAUGUUUGAUGUGUUUCUGAGCAUCAGUGAGAGCUGACAGUCCAUGGAAAGAAAUCCUCUUCACAGAGAGAGAGAGAGAGAUUCAGACCGGAUCGGGUGACACCCGCAGGCCGAGAAACCUGAACCCGGGGCUCUCCGUUUACACAAGUGCACUUGUUCUCUGAAACACUGAGCAGAGAGACUGUGUGUGUUUGAGAGAGAAAGGAACUGUGUGUGUACUGAUUGAGAAAGAGAUUUCACUUACUGCUCACAUUAUAUUAACAAAAGCAACACUGGUAUCACCGUGUGUUUGGACAUGAUGCAGAGCAGGCCUACAAGUCACUCCACAUUCAACUUCUCAACAAACAUCCAUUUUACAUUUUUAAAAACUGUGAACGUUUUUGCACGACAAGCCUGUAUGUUCCUAAUUAAUAUAUAUUGAAGUAAUAUGGUAAGACACGUACAUUGUGCCAACAAAACAGAUUUCCAAAGUGCUCCGCCCACUCUUACAGGAAUAAUAACACACAGCUAAAUAAAAUAUAGUAAUGCAACCAAAAUUAAUGCAUGUAAUGAAGUUCCAUGAUGUUACUCUGAAAAUAAAUAUACUGAUACAUAAUAAAGUACCGUGAUUUUACCAUCUGAAACCAUAAAUCUUUCCACUAAAGCUGUUUUUUAUUUUGAAUAAAGAAGGAAAUUAAUACAUAGUGCCAGCACUAUACUUAAAAAACAAAUAAUCAAAACAAAUAAUUAUUAUUUGCAUUAUUUACUUAAAUAAAAGCUGUUCAUUUAAACGCAGCACAUGUUCAGUUUCAGUUUUUAUACCACAGAUGAACUCUUUCCAGUGUUGCCAACUUAGCAAAUUUUUUAUAAUACACGAAAAAAUACAAAAUGCAAUGCAUUAUUUAAAAUGAAGUUAAGAAACCUGUGGAACAAUCAAUACAGAAAACUUCCUUCCUACACGUUAUAUUAGAUUGAGCCCGAUUUUACAGACUUUUCUUAGAGCGUAGCAUAGUAAUUACUAUUUUACUGCUUAAAACUAUGAUCAUUCAGAUUGUGUAGUUUUUUUAAUUAGCUAAUAAUAAAAAACGAAUUGUUCAAAAAUAUAUAAGUGUUCAAUAAUUAAAUGUUGUAUUUAAAAAAUAUACAGUUAAUUAUAUUUUAUUAUAUUAGGCACUGAUAUUAUUUUACAAGCAAAUCUAAAUUGUUAUUUUUUUACCUACAUUUUUUGCAACCUGUAGCAACAGUUUGACCUUUUCUUUAGCGACUUCCCGCGAAAAUGAUCGGCUCUUUCCAACGGUUUUAUGACGCGAUACUCGGGAUCUUUCGAUGAACCGCGAGACGGUUAAGAAUCGAUUCAGAGAUGCCGAACAAAUCGUGAUAUAAUUGGAGUAAGCGCUUAUAUAAAGUUAUCUCUGAGGGGAACUAACUCUCCUAAGAAAAGUUUACGCGGUAAUUUAUUUUAGUCUUCUCUGAGCGAUGCAUAUUAAAAUGAAGAUAUUAGAGUAACACUGUAUCAUUGCAGUUCUUGAGCGCCACCUGCUGGCCGAGAGCGAGUGUGCGGCUCAUAUAAGCUCGUUCCCGGUGACUGAUGGAGGGUGAAGCCUGUGGGAGGUGCUGGGCUCCUCCUCCUCCUCCUCCUCUCUCUCUCUCUCUCUCUCUCUCUCUCUCUCUCUCAUUGUGUUCCCGCUCCGAGGCUCGUGAUGGAAGCGGAGCGACCCGCGGAGAACAAGCGCAGCAGGAAACCCGCUCAUCCCGUGAAGAGAGCCGCGCGCGAGGAGAUGAAGAGCUUUGCUGAAAGCACCAUGAAUGAGAUGUUGGGAUGGUACGGCUAUGAUUCAGUGUACGCCGCUGACGGACCGAACCGUGUCAAACACCACCAUAUAUCUCCAGAGAACUCAAAGCCACAGGAGAGGAAGCUGCCUUCAUCAUCCUCUUCCUCAGAGGCCGUCAGAAUCAGUGAGAAGGAGCCGGCGUCUCCGUCUUCAUCCUCGUACUCCUCCUCGCUGCGCAGCAGGAACGUCAUCGUGCCGCUCAUCAAACCCUCUUCAGCGGAGGACGAGCAGAGCGAGCCGAUCGUCUGCGUCUGGUGUCAGAAGGAGGGCAUGAAGCGCUAUUCUCUGCUCAUGGGCUCCGAGCUCAAGAGCUUCUGCAGUGAGAAGUGUUUCGCUGCGUGUCGACGCGCCUUCUUCAAACACAACAAGGCUCGAGAUGAGGAUCGUCAUGGCAACCAGUCUCCGCCCCCUGGCCAGACGCAGGACACGCCCUCAAGACUUCUGCUGAAGAUGAACAACAACACGCGUGUGUGUGAUUGGUGUAAACGCACGUGUCACACUGAAGAAUACCUGGACUUCGGCUCGGGCGAGAAGCGUCUGCAGUUCUGCAGCAGAAAGUGUCUAAACCAGUACAAGAUGGAUGUGUUUUACCAGGAAGCUCGCACAGCUCUCGCUGACUCUGGCUCCGCCCACAAAGAUGAGCAGCCCCGCCCCCAAACGGCUGUCACGGAAACCCACAAACUGUUGACGCCGGAGGCCUGGGACAGACCAGUGAAAACCCUCUCGCCCCAAACGCCCAUCUCAGUGAGGAUUCAGUCCAGCGCCACGCCCUCUUCUCCAGAGAAGCCACCCCCACAACAGAUGCCCCUCCCCUUUGUUCUGAAAAGUCCCGCCCCUAACCCCCUACGCCCCCUCAGCCCCAUCCAGAGGGCUACCUUUGCCCCGCCUCCUCUCCGCCAGCAUUACCACGCCCCCUACAUGCCCCUCCCCCCUGUGUACACACCCCAUUUAGCCCCGCCCUGGCCUCAGCCAAUGAUAUUAUUGCCCUAUCCAGUUUUUGUUCCAAUUCCAGUGCCGAUUCCCAUUCCCAUCCCUAUUCCCCCUCAAAUGGGCCACAGAGGAGUAAUUCGAAGCCUUCAAGAGCAGGAAGAGGAGGGAACAGCAGAUCCGGGUCACACAGAGGAGACCACCAAGAGAGUAAAGACCGAACGAUGCACUUCUCCUCUCUCUUCAGAGCGACAGGUGAUCCAGUGUCUCCGAAAACACAAAGAGGAAGCUCCAACGCACAGACCACUUUUGUACACAUCUGUCGCUCCCAGAAUCGCUAGUCCCGCCUCUUUGUACUCAUUGGCCCGUACCACCGCAAUACAAGCCACCUCGUUUUCAUUGGACAGCGCUGGCUCCGCCCUGAUUCCGUCUCCUCUCUCUGAUUGUGAAGAUGUGAAGGAGAACAGCUACUUGAGUGGGCGGGACGAUGGCUCGACCAAUCGCUGGUCGGCAGAGCAGACGGAGUGCCGGAGCGACCAAUCGAAAGAGAGCAGGGGGGAGGAGGAAGUGCCGCAGGAUGUAGAGCACACUUACACAUGGUCUGUACCACCGAAACUACGAGAGAAGAACACACUGAUGGCCACGCAAACACCUUUACACACGCAAACACACAGCUGGGAGAAAAACACAGAACUGAGAUCCGAGCCGAGCGGACGGAACGAUCCAGAACCGCCCUUCAAGAGACGAUGCUUGAGAACCAGAGACCAGAACAAAUGAGGCCCGGGGUGUGUGUAGAUCGAUGACGCGAUCGAGUCGAGUGUUUCGGCGGCCGAUGAAGAGUGUGAACGUACUGGAGACGUCCGCCCCAGAGCAUCAUGGGAGUCAGAGAUCAAGCGUGUGUGAUCCAGUUAGAGGACACAUGUGUGUGUGUUUUCCUGCCAAGUAGCUCCUACAAAGCCAGGCAUUGUUCCUCACUGUGUGUGUGUGUGUGUGUGUGUGUGUGUGUUCAGCUGUGGUUUAGGAUUACCUGACACACACUGGCACUUUGCUACAGAGCAUUUUUAGACUUCGCUGCAAGAGUGCCGAGAGCACACACACACACACACACACACACACGCACACACACACAUCAGUACAUUGAGCUCUGCGGCUCCUCAGAAGUUUAGAAACGGUAUAUUCAGGAACAUGAGUGUGGAACGAUCCGAAUCGACUCACAACUUCUUGCUUUUUAACCCUUUGUGGUUCCUUUGAGAAAACUCUUCAGUUAUUGGCCAAAUGGUGGCGAUGUUUGAAGUCAUUGCCAACAGAUUCGAUUCAGAACGAAUAUCAGCCAAAAUACACGACCAGAGUUUGAACAACGGGCUAAUGUUAGAGCAGUUCGUGAUGGAAACCUGCUCAUUUAUACCUGUUUAUAAGCAUCCUCUAAUAUUUUUCCAGAUGUUUUCUCAUAGGGAUUUGUCAGAAGUCUCUGUUAACCAGAGAAUCACAGCUUUGCACACUUUCAGUUUUAAGCAAAAAAGCAUUCAUAAAUCUGUCCCGUGAGGCAUUGAAGAAUAAAGAAUUAUCCAAUUAAAACAGUCAUGAAAUAUAAAACCAUUAAUUCGAAGUUGUCGAUUAUGUUAAUAGAAAUUAUUUAUUUUAGGUUUACUGAAAAAUAUGCACCUGUAUACAAAUAUUUAAGUAUUUUGAGAGCGACUUCCAUUAUGAAGUCAUACACAGAGUUUCACUGAGUGGGCGGGGCUAAUGAGUUUUUGGCACUCUCUGAUUGGUGGAAUUAUCAUCACAUUAUGUAAUGGGUGAUGUAGUUUUUGCAUAUUCACAUUUGAGAUAUUUCAUAGCUACAGUCAGCGUGAAAUCACCAUGUUUUCUAAAUACAUGUUAAAGCAAAUCAUCAGUGCAUAUGUUUCAUUCUUUAAAAAAUUGGACUUAGUAAUGUUUAAUAAAAAUGCCAAACCUUCAUGCAGAACUUUUUUAAGUGCCACGCCCACAUCCCAACAUCCAAUCAGCAACUGAUGUAUAGAACCUAGUCCCACCAUGCUUUUUUUAACCUUCUUUUUCAAAUCUGUCUCUACUUUGAUUUCAUCACGACUUUUUGAAAAUGUGUGUAAGCAGAUUUUUACACAAAAAAAACCCCCCUGUAAAACAGAUGCGGUGUUGAUUUAAAUGAUAUUUAUUAAUAUGAUUAACAGAUGUCAGACCCUCUAAAUGUAUAAUAUUUCACACCAGUGCCAAUUUCACAGAAGGGUUUUAUCUAAUAAUUUCCUUUCAAGGUUUUCUUUAUUUUGUAUGGUUGAUUUAUUGUAACAGAUAUUUGUAUGUGUUUAUUGCAUCCACUCUGAUUUUAAUUGUAAUGUCCAUCAGAUCAGCUCAUUAAUUUAAAUGUGUUAAAUGCUUAUCAGUAUGUGGUGCAGCCGCUCAUAAUAACCUGUUUUAUGUCAUUUUAUGAACAGAGAAUUAUAUCAGUGACUAGAAUUGUUUAUAAUAAAAGCCAGAAAAAUUG